AGGAGUUUGCCAUGAUGAAAUCCUGCUACAAAUGGAAAAACAACAGCAAAGGUGAACUGACAUUGAAACACUAGAACACUAGUUCAGAGGUGUGUACCUAAUGCAAGAAGAUGUAGAAAAAGUGUUAAAUUACAAAAGGUCGAAGCGGGCUUUGCUGAGAUUUGGUUCACAGAGUCAUAUUUCCAACCUAAACCCACACGCUCAGCAUUUAUACUUGUAACCAGCCUAUUUGUGGCAGUGUGGGUUCUCUGCUGCCCUCAGAUUUGCUCAGAUUAACAGGAGCUGGCCUCACAAUGCAGCUUUGUUGGAGAAAAAGAUUAACACAUCAAGUGACCGGAGGUGUAGGAGGCCCUCGCUCGCUUUUUCUUUCCUGCUUUGCUUUCUCCAACAUUCUCCCUGGACGCUGCCACCGUACAUCUUGAACCGCAGAGAGCAUGAUGGCCAUUUUCAUUUUCGUUAAAUCUGUCAUCACGCUGGUCUUAAGGGGCUGAUCGCCGAAGCUGAGCUCAGACAAAGCACAGAGGACAACAACACCCUGGUUUCCUUCAUGUCAGGCCACAGUCAGCCAGCACGUUGGCCAACGAGCAGCAGCAGCGAUGACAGUGACGUACUCCCGCCGAGUUGCUGAUGCGGGUUUGGGGACCUUUUUUCACCUCCUCCUGCGAUGGAAGGGCAGCAUCUACAAACUGCUCUACAGGGAGCUUAUCAUCUUCACUCUGCUCUACUACUUCUUCAGUGUUGUUUACAGGUUUGUGUUAAACGAUGAUCAGAAGAGGCUGUUUGAAAAGCUGUCCAUAUACUGCGACCGCUACGCAGAGCUCAUCCCUGUGUCAUUUGUGUUGGGUUUCUAUGUGACUUUGGUCGUGUCCCGUUGGUGGGGACAGUUUGAGAAUGUACCCUGGCCAGACCGUUUGGCAGCAUUAGUCGGAGGUCACGUUCGAGGAGCUGACGAAACCUCCCGGCUGACCCGCAGGACACUUAUGAGGUACGCCAACCUCUCUGGUGUGCUCAUCUACCGCUCCGUCAGCACGGCAGUCUACAAGAGGUUUCCAACCAUGGAGCAUUUGGUGCAGGCAGGUUUGAUGACAUCAGAAGAGCUGAGGCACUUGGAGGAUUUGCCCUCCCCUCACAAUAAGUUCUGGGUGCCCUGCAUGUGGUUUGUCAGCCUGGCUCUGAGAGCACGGACUGAGGGUCGCAUCAACAACGACGUGGCGCUAACUGCUCUCCUCACUGAGUUGAAUAGCUUACGGGCGAAGUGUAUGAAGCUGUACGGCUAUGACUGGAUCAGCCUGCCUCUUGUCUAUACUCAGGUGGCAACAGUUGCGGUUUACAGCUUCUUCCUAGCGUGUCUGAUCGGUCGUCAGUUCUUGGAUCCAACUCAGGGAUACCCUGGUCAUGAAAUGGACUUCUACCUCCCUAUUUUUACCCUGCUGCAAUUUUUCUUCUAUGUUGGGUGGCUGAAGGUGGCUGAACAACUCAUAAAUCCAUUCGGUGAAGAUGAUGAUGACUUUGAGACCAACUGGCUCGUGGACCGCAAUUUGCAGGUGUCAUUGUUAUCUGUGGAUGAGAUGUACGAUAGCCUGCCUCUGGUUGAGAGGGAUAUGUACUGGAAUGAGUCUGAACCUCAGCCACCCUACACUACUGCCAGUGCCGAACACCGCAAACCCUCCUUCAUGGGCUCGGCGCUGGAUAUCAGGUUUACUGAUUUUUUUUCCUUUCUUUCUUUUUCUUUCUUCUUAAUAAACCUGCUGAACAUAUGGCAAACCUUCUGUUUGGUCUUCAGUGUUCCUAAAGAGGAGAUGGAGUUCCAGUCCAAUCUGGAGCAGAUCAAAGAAAAUGAGGAGGCCAACUACUCCACUCCUCUGCUUGGAGGGCUUGGUCGUCUUCUCGGUGUCCACUCCCCAAACUUCCCUCGCUCCUCCCGAGUGUCACUGCUCCGCCGCCGCCCUGGAGCUCCACUAAGCCGCUUUCCCCUUUACUUACACACAGAGGCACCUUUGACUCAAGGUCAAGCCCGCCAGGAGGGAGAUCCUGACUACGCCUUCUCCACUACACCCUUGUACGAAAGACCGGGUUUCUAUAGCUGCCCGCAAACCCCAAUUCACUGCAUCCCUCCUGCGGUGCCCCGUCCACGACCUGCUAGGAGAGCCCAAAAUGACUUGGAUCGCAGCUGCAGUUCUCUAGCCCCUCCAACGGUGGGCUCCCAGAUGCUGCCUCCCGACACCCCUAACCACAUCCCCCCUCCGCCAUCCUCUGCUUUUCCCUGGCUGAGUGAGGAUGGGGACAUGCAGAGUGCACCUACCUUCUCCUUCCCCGACCCUCCACCUGAACUCUGCCCGAUAUCUAAACUCAGACUGGGACACGGCCUGCUAUCUCGCCGCCCUCCCCCUCCUCGCCUCACCCUGGACACCCUACCAUCUGCUGACAUUCAACCUGGACCAGCAAGUGCCCGGGCCGCGGGAGGCGGAGGAGAAAGGGUGUUCUCGUUCACUCCGCCCUCUCGCACAACGGCAGCAAAUCCCGGUAAUCCCAACAGCAGCUCUAGCAGCAUUAAUGCAACAAGCACCAACAGCGCAGGCACGACGGGAAGUCUUUGCAACGGCACAGGUCACGGUAAUUUUAGUAACCAUGGGAACUUCAGCGGCAACAUGAGGGCAAGCAACGGGGGCACCAACGGUGGGUUGAGCAAUAACAUGAACACAGUUUCCACUUCAGCGCCAUCGCAGCAAGAAACCAAUCAGCAAAACUCGCCCAACGAUUCAGGAAUCUCACUCGCCGAAGGAGACCUGCUGGGCGUUCUGGUGGAUGGUGGGGUGAACAAGGCAGCAGGAGGGAGGGAGCAGGACUAAGAAAAGAAGGCGUGACUCACUGUUUUUUAAGCACAUGUGCCAAAUAUCUCACAAAAACAGGCACUGGACUGUAUCAGCUGGAGCCACUAAAAAUUAUUUACUUCCCAAUGAACUCUCACAGAAGAAUUAACGUACUUGUAAUAUUUUUUUUUAAAAAAGGACCUUAAGAGAUUUGACCCUCAGUGUGUUAUGGAAAAAUACUUUCCAGUUUCAUCAGUGGCAGCCAAAAUGUGUAUAUUCUUCAUCUGUGGUAGUCUUUGCAUCAGUGUCUUUAUUAUAUAUUCUUCUUCUUUUGACAAUGUUAAAGUUUUUUUCCAAAUACAAUGAAAAACUUUAAUUUAUUUGUACAUUACAACUUUAUUGUUUUAUUUUACAAGCAUACUGUAUCUACAAUUUGACUUUACACCUGCAGAAGGAAGCAAUCAGUCCAAAUAAAAUACAAUGAGAAAACAUUUUCACAGGUCUCACUGCUUAUGCAUGUUAAUGUUUAUUUAACUGUCAAAAACAAAACAAGCUGAAAAAAAAGUGGAAAAAAAAGAAAACGAAUAGAAUAAUUGAAAAAGCCAGAAAAACCUUAUUGCGACUAAUACUGUUUUAGCUUUAUCAGUACACAGAAGCCUGGGGCUUCAGCUGGACAAAAGACCUCAGCCUGAGUGUGUCAUCUUUGGGAGGUGUCGCUUAAUGCCAACAUGGUGCCACACUACCUGAAGAGGAGCUUGAAAAGCCAACAAAUGGAGCAAGAUGGUUGGACUCAAGUGCUAAAUAAGAGGUAAUGAA